AUGGAAUAUUUGAACAAUAUUCUAGGGAGUCAAUCCCAAACUCAACUGGUUGAAGAAGCAAUUCCUACAUUAUGUAAUCGUUUACAGCAUGCAACAAUGGUUUCAGAUAGAAGAUCAGCUGUAUUAGGAUUGAAAAGUUUCAGUAGACAAUAUCGAGAAACAGUAGUUGAACAUGGAUUAAAACCAUUAAUAUCUACACUUAAAAAAGACAGACUGAAUAUGGUGAUUUUUAAAUCUAUUUUGGAAUCAUUUCUUAUUUUAUUCAUACGUGGAGAAAGUCAUGAAGAUUUGACAAGAGGUUGGAUUUCACAACAGCUGAGAUUACAAAAUGGGAAAUAUCCUUCGCCUUUGUUAAUGGAUGAUAUAACAUUGGAUCAGUUGUCUUUGUGGAUAGCUGACGCUUUAUUGCAAGACUCUGAAAUACUAAAUAUACUAAUUGAAGGUUUAAAUGAAAACGAUUAUCAUUCAAGAUUAUAUACCAUUCAACUUUUGGAGUCAUUAGUAUCGAGCAGAGGAAAUAGAGUCAAAGAAGAUCUUCUAAAAAUACCGACCUCAAUAUCCACAUUGUGCAAUUUAUUGUAUGAUAAUCAUGAGCCUGUUCGAAACGAGGCAAUAUUAUUAUUAAUGGCAAUAGCGAACAAUAAUUUUGACAUUCAAAAGUUAGUUGCGUUUGAAAAUACGUUUGAAACACUUUUCAACAUAAUAGAUGAAGAAGGUGGGAUACGAGGGUCAAUAUUAGUUCAAGAUUGUUUAACAUUAAUCACAAAUUUAUUACAAUAUAAUGCAUCAAAUCAAAAAUAUUUCCUUGAAACCCAAUGUGUGCCGAGACUAGCCAAGUUAAUAGGAGAGUCGAUUGAUGAUGAUGAAGAAGUAGAAGAAGGACCUUUAAACGGAAGUAUACCUAAAUCAACACCAAUAGUAUGGACGGAACAAAGACUAUCUAACAUGAUCACUAUAUUGGAAAUUUGCAGAUUAGUAGUGUCAGAAGAUAAUGAAUUGGUUGUUCAAAAUCAAAAUAAUCUUUAUCAAUCAGGAAUUCAUUACCUUCUUUUGAAAUUGAUCUUCCUACCUGCUACGGAGAAUGAAAUUAGAUUAGUUGCCAUGUUGACAGCUGCAGAUGCAAUUAGUGGCAACCCAAACAUCCAGCAUGAAAUAUCCAAGAUCGACGUUCCCUACAUGGAUCCAUCAUUACCAUCUUACGUACAAAAGCACGAACAUCCUAUACCAGUCCCAUUGGCUUUACUCAAUUGGUGCUUGACCAUAAAUUCUGUUCACCAGUUUAAUAUCAGAGUGGGAGCUUCCUAUUGUUUGCAAGCAUAUUUCAAAGGUAAUAAAGAAAUAAAAGAAUCAUUUUUGAAAGACCAAAUUAAGGACUACAAAAAUGAUGGUUUAAAUCAUUUGAAUGGAAAUAGUGAUGAAGCUCCAAAGAGUAAUAUUUUCAAAACUUUGAUGGAUUAUGAUGCCAAUUCCAAAUUGAAUCUUUAUAAAGUAUGGUUUGCUACAGUAAUUUUAUUAUAUAUCUUUGAAGACGAACCAGAAAAUAAAGAAAUUGCUAGAGCAGUGAAGACUGGUGACGAUGAAGUUGGAGAAGAAGUCAUGAAUUCUAUACAGGCUAUUUCUGGUUUACUCAUAACCACACUAAAUGAAGUGGAUCAAAGAAUUGCAGUGGGAUAUUUGAUGUUACUCACUGUAUGGUUAUAUGCUGACUUUAAAGCGGUCGAUGAUUUUUUAAGCGAUGAAUCAAAUUUACGGUCUAUUUUGACAUUCCUAUCUCACAACUCGUCAGAUGAAAAUUCAUUUGUCCAUGGUAUGGCUAGUAUUUUGCUUGGGGUUGCAUAUGAAUUUUCGACAAAAGAUUCACCUAUACCAAGAAAGGAGCUACACUUAUUGUUGGUUAAAGGGCUUGGUUUAGAUAAUUAUUCGUUAAAAGUGAAACAAUUUACUUCCGACCCUGCUUUCAAAAAUUUUGAAGAUAUUCCAAACUAUAUAAUUAUCCAAGAUGAGAGUGGGUUGCCUGAUGUUUAUUUUGACUCUACUUAUGUAAACUUAAUCAAAGAAAAUUUUUUCAGAAUCAAAAGAGCUUUGUUUCAUGACCCGGAGAAUGAACCAAAAGGUAGAAUUUCCUUUGAACAUUUCGAAGAAAUGGACAUGAACUUGUCUGAAUUGAAAAAGCAAUUGAAAGAAGAGAAAUUGAAGGCAUCAGAAAUUGAAAUAAACAAGGAGGAACAAAUAAAUGAGUUGGAGAAAACCAAAUCUAGUUUGCAAGAAAACUUAUUAAAUUAUGAGAAAAAUUUAAACGCAUUAAAAACAAUUCAUAAAUCAGUUAAUGACAAAUACAAGUCGACAGUGCAAGAACUUGCUUCAAUAAAAAACCUCAAAGAAGAUUUUGAAAAUCUGUCAACAACCUUUCGAAAAGAAUUAGAUAACGCAUUAAAACAAAUCGAAUCAUUGGAGUCAAAACAAAAGCAAUUAGAACAUCAAUUAGCAUCCACUGAACAAGCCAAAAGUAAAUUAGAAGAUGGUGUGAAUGGAAUGACUAAAGAUUUAUUUCAUAUGAAAAAACAAAAUCUGGAAAGUGAUAAAAAAUUGAAAGAGUUCAAAGCUAGAGAUGAAAAAAUUUCAAAAGAGGCUGAAGCUUUGAAAAAUAAAAUUGUUGAUCUUGAGGCAUUAAUCAAACAAGUUAGCAAGCAAAAGGACGAAAUUUUGAGCAAAUCGAAACAGGAAAUGAAUGUGAAGGAAGCUAGUAUUAAUGAUUUGACCCGAGAAAAAUUAACAUUAAACGACAAAUUAAAGGUACUUGGAGAAGAUAAACGUCAAAUACUCGAGCAAUUGAAUAAGAAGAACGAUCUACUUGGAGAGUUGCAAAUUCAGGUAGACCAAUUAAAAAAUGAAAAAUCCAAUUUCGAAAAUGAGGUGGAGAAAGUUAACAAAAAAUUGAAAUCAGCCAGAGAAAAAUUGAUACAGGUCGAUUCUGAUCAUGAAGAAAAGAUCCAUGAGAUUAAAAACGAAUUAAGUACUAGUAAAUCCGAAUUUAAAAAAUUGGAAGCGGAGCUUAUUACAUUCAAAGACUUACUAGACGCUGAAAAAGCUAAAAAUACCAAAUCAAAUAGUACAAUUGAAAAGUUGAAGGAGGAGUUGGUCAAACAUCAGGAAUUGCUUCUGAAGAAAGACGAAUUAAUAAAAGAUAACGAAAAGCUUCGAGAACAAUUAAGCAAGGCAAAGUCAAUCGAUGACGAGAACGGCGAGUUGGUUUCCAAAAUCGAAACUUUGACAAAAGAAAUAGAAUCCAUUAAGUCUGACAAAGAUAUUUUGGAGGAAAAAAUUAGAAAAUUAUCAGCAGACAUAGAAAAUCAUAGCACUUUCAAAGUUCAGAAUGAGAAUAAAUUAAAGAAUAUGGAAAAUGACCUUAAAUCAAAACUAGAUCAAUCAAGUGAACUAAGCAAUAAAAUUAAAGAGAUGAAUGAAACAAUCAGUAGUCAUGAAGCCAACAAAAUUCGUGAUGAUGAGUUAAUCAAGAAGUUGACUGAAAAAUCGGAUCAAUAUGAGGCUGAAAUGAGUGAAUUGAAAAAUAAAAUUGAAGAAUUGAAUAAAAGUCAUAAUUUGGUAUUGAAGGAAAACGAGACGAAAAUCAUGUCAUUGACAGGUGAAAUAAAAAGCUACAAAGACAAGUCAAUUGAUUUAGAAAAUCAACUUGAGAAUUUAACUAAGGACCACAAGGAAAGUAUACUUGCAAGUGAGAAUAAACUUAAAAAUUUAGAACAAGACUUGAAUGAUAGUAAGAGCAAUAUCAAAAGUUAUGAAGACAAAUUGAAAGAACGCGAUGCAGCUAUUAAGGAGUAUGAAUUAUUUAAAGUAGAACACGAAGAGUUGGUUAAAAAUUUGAACAAAGACUUAAGUGACAGUAAAAACAAAUCCGUGACUUUGGAGCAACAAGUUGAAACUUUAAGUAGUAAUCACAAAAGCAUUAAAGCAGAUCAUGAACAAAGUUUAAAAGCUUUGAAUGAAAAAUUACUGGUCUCAAAAACUGAAAUAACACGUAAAGAAGAUCGUAUUGGAGAGUUAAUGCGAGACCUCGAAGAAUAUAAAACAAGUAAAAAAGAGCAUGAAGGUUUAGUGAACACAUUAAAUGAGAAAAUAAAGCACAUCGAGACCAAGUCGGACGAUUUGAAACAUCAAAUUGAGAAACUAAUCAAAGAUCACUCUACAUUGGAUUCUCAAAACGAUCAGAAGAUAGAGUCAUUGAGCGCUGAGUUGAAAACAUAUCGAACAAAAUCAAAAGAGUUAGAGUUGCAAGUGGAACAGCUUGAAAAUGAACUUAAAUCUAGCAAUACAAAAGCAAGUGGGAAUGAAGACUUGAAACUGAAAAUAAAAACAUUAAAUUCUGAGAUUGCUACAUGGAAAGUGAAAUUUGCUGAAUCAAAUGAUGAAAUAAACCAAUUGAAGGAAAAAUUAAAGUCUCAGGAAUUAGAACUUUUAGAAAAUAAAAAAUUAAAGGAGAAAGUGUCUUCCCUAACGGAAAGUUUGAAAACCGUUUCGGCUCAAGCUCUGUCCUUUGAGGAGGAAAUUAAUAAUUUGAAGGAGAGAAUCACUUUGUACGAGAGCAAUGAGAAUCAGUUGAAGAGUGAGACAUUAGCUUUAUCAUCAAAAUUAGAGCAAAGAGAAAAAAGCCUAACUGAAUCUGAUAAGAAAAUUGGGGACCUCAAUAAGAAACUAACAUCCUUCAAUGACCUAAAAUCAAACAAUGAAAUUCAAAAGGACGAAAUAAAUGAAUUGAAAUCAAACUCAGAAGCCAAUGCAGCAAGAUCAGAUGAACUAAAGACAGAGAUGGAGAAUCUUAAUUUAGAAAACGGAGAAUUGAAAGCAAAAAUAGAAAAUUUGAACAAAGAAAUUCAAUCAAAGAAAGAUGCUACUACAAAUCUUGAGUCAGAGGUGAAAAUCUUGAGAGAUCAAAUCAAAAGUCUUGAUUCAACAAGUGAUAAGAAUAAGCAACUAGAAGAGAAAAUUACUAAUCUAACUUCAGAUGUAAAAUCCAAAGAAAUUAAAUUGAAAGAGUCGGUGGAACAAGCCAAGGAGUUGAAGGAACAGCUUCAAUCGUAUAUUUCGAAUGACAGCAAAACUAAGGAUUUGGAGGAAGAAGUGAAGAAGCUUGCUAAGAACUUGAAGUCCAAGACAGAGGAAUCGAACAAGUAUAAAGAAGAUUUAGAGAGUUCGAAGAAAAUGAUAAAUGGUCAAAAGAAAGAUGAAAACCAGGUAAAUGAUUUGAAAACGGAAAUUGAGAAAUUGAAGACCGAGUUGAAAAAUGAUAGAGCUACUUCGAAGGAAUACACUACACAAAUUGAUAGUCUUAAUAAAAAUAUCGAAACAAUCAAAGCAAACGAAGAAGCUCAUAAAAGUAAGAUCAAGUUGCUCGAGUCAAAAUUAAAGGCGUAUGUACCUAAAUCAGAGCAUGAGGAUUUACUUGAAAUUAUGAUGAAACUAGACGAUAAGAAAACCAGAUAUGAGAACAAAUUGAAAGAUUUAGGUAUAUCCUUGAAAGAUUUAAAUAGUGAUAGUGUUGAUAGUGAUGAAGAAGAAGAAGAAGAUGAUGAUGAUUGA